AUGGUCCGAGUCAAACAAGCUCCCCGCGAUCAGUCCAAGCUUACUGGGAAACCACUCUCAGAUACCCUUGAGCCCUCACCACUCCACAUCCUCAAGGGCACCAAAACAAACGACGGUGAAGAAGAAAAAUGGAGUACCUCACCAGAUCUGUUAGAGGGAAAUCUGUCAUUUACGCCAGAAGUCAUCGAUAACCUGACGCUGUACCUGCUAGCGAAUCCGAACCGGAUGUCGAGCCAUUUGUUCCGGGCUGAUAUUCUUCAUGAUAGUUAUGGUAUCUUGAGGACGCCGGCGGAGAGAGAGAAGUUGUUCGCUGAUGCUACUGGCAAAGUUGCCUCGUCGGAAGACUCUGGUGUUGCCGGUAAAGACAACGUGCCGCCGAUUCCUGCGAGAGAGAUCGCGGGAUUCGAGUUGACUCGGACGGUGGUAAGGAGGCUGAUUCCUAGGAAACCACAAUUGGAUCCGCCUUUGGAACAAACUUGUCAUUUUUAUGGGGCAGAUGCUGGUGACUGUCGACGCUUGCUUGUUGUCUAUUCGCCGCAUAUAGCGUUCAAGGAGGACCUGCCUUUUUACCAUCCGCUUCUGCAGUCUUGGGCGUUGUUGUAUGAUCAUCACAAGCCAAGAGCUACAUCCUUGGAAGAGGAGGAGGGCGGGGCAGGACAAUUGUCGCUGCAUUUCAUGCUUUACUCCGAUGAACCGAUUCAGAAUCGCCUCGAGAGGACAUUGCAUGCACUGCUCAACACACAGAUUCGACUGGCUCGGGGCUCGGAUAUCACCACGAUGAUUCCUGAAGGUGGUAACUACAAGCCAAACAAAGAUAAUGUGCUCCCACGACAUCUGGUACAGGACACAUAUUCGCGGUUGAAGCAGAAGUAUGCCUCGUGGUUGUGUCAGAACUGGGUAGAGGAUACGGAGCCGUCGAAGCAUGUUUUUGAGGACCUAUCGAUUACUGCAUUUCUCAUUGAGCUAUGGAGGAGCAUGUAUGGCGCCGUUCCUACGGAGGAGAAGGAAACGGAGGGCUAUGAUCCAAAUUUUCCCGGUUUUGUGGACGUUGCAUGUGGGAAUGGUGUACUUGUCUACGUGCUCUUGAUGGAAGGCUACCAGGGUUGGGGUUUUGAUGCUCGUUCCCGAAAGACAUGGAAAAUAUUCCCGGAGAUGGUGCGAGAACGACUAAGCGAGGAGGUCUAUAUCCCCAAACCUUUUGCGGAUGUGCUCAGUGGUUCGGGAGUAAAUCCAGACGCGCUUGAUGUUGGGACAAAGACACACACUGGCAUAUUCCCGAAAGAUACCUUCAUUAUGUCAAACCAUGCCGAUGAACUUACCGUCUGGACUCCGUUGAUGGCUGCACUUGCUAAUCCGCAAUCACCACUGCCUUUUAUGGCGAUUCCAUGCUGCUCACACGCGCUUUCUGGAGCGCGUUACCGUUAUCCUCCGCCUAAGGACAAUAGGUUUGAUGGCGACGACAAAGAAGAAGAAUACAAGACAGAUGAAGUCGAGCAGAACCCGCAACCGGCCACCGGCGACCUAAAAGCGCUUCGGACCGCCAAGAUCGACUCUCACACCGAUGCCGGAGCGAACAAGUCAAUGUAUGGCUGUCUUACCGCAAAGGCCAUGAGUGUUGCCGAAGAAAUCGGGUACGAUGUGGAAAAGACCAUGCUGCGGAUCCCGAGUACGAGAAACAUGGCCGUUAUUGGUGGACGGCAACGUGUAACUCUAGAGCGGAACAAUCAGAAGCAAAAGACUUCCAUGCAGACCGAGCACCCCGAUGCUGAUGCGGAUGCAGACUCCGGGGAUGAGACUCUUGAGCUGAUUGAGGAAGUUGUCCGACGGGAAUGUGCCCGAGAAGGAGGCGUGCAAGAAGCGGCCAGGGUUUGGAAGGAGCGAGCUAAAGGCAUCCACAGCGGCUGGGGACAAAGCCAACGGCAUUGA